AUGGCAUUUUUCGCGAAAAAGAAGAAAUUCAAGUUUCAGACCAACCUGACCCUGGAGGAGCUCACCGCUGUGCCUUUUGUCAACGGGGUCUUAUUCUGCAAGCUCCGGCUGCUGGAUGGAGAUUUUGUCGCUACUUCUUCCAGAGAGGAAGUUCAGGAGAACUGCGUGCACUGGAGGAAGAGAUUUACCUUCGUGUCAAAAAUGAGCGCCAACCCCCACACUGGAGUCCUGGAUCCCUCUGUCUGCAGAGUGUCAGUCAGAAAGGAACUCAAAGGAGGAAAAGCAUUUACGAAGCUGGGCUUCACGGACCUCAACAUGGCAGAGUUUGCAGGUUCUGGCUCCACAGUGCGAUGCUGUCUGCUGGAGGGAUACGACACCAAGAACACUCGCCAGGACAACUCCAUUCUAAAGGUGAUCAUCGGAAUGACUCUCCUGUCUGGAGAUCCAUGUUUCAAAACGCCUCCAAGCACUGCAAAGUCCAUAUCCAUCCCAGGACGAGAACACACCCUGCAGCUGGACUGCAAGGGGGAGGGAACAGCCGAGGGAUCGUGGCCAGCUGGACGGGUAUCUCUGGGCCGAUCCUCAAAGCCCCGGCCCUCCAUUGUCAGCUCGGGUCUCCUGGAGGAAUCCGAGGCGUGUCAGAAUCAGUUGGGUUCUGCAGAAGUAUUCCAGACUGGUCACUCUCGUAACUCCAGCUACGCUAGCCAGCACAGCAAAAUCUCAGGUUACAGCACCGAGCACUCCUGCUCCUCCAGCCUAUCGGACCUCACGCAUCACAGGAACACUUCAACAGGAAGCAGCACCUCUGGCGGCACAGCCUUAACGGCCGACGCGUCUCCAGAGGGCGACAACGACGCUGGCCGUCCGGAGAGACCCCCCCGACCUCCGCGGCCCGUCCUGCCCCCCAGCAGGCCUUCUCGGAGGAAGCAGGACUCAGUGGAGAGUCAACCCUCCUGGGUAAAUGAUACUCGCAUGGAUGCGGACGACAUCGUGGAGAAAAUCGUCCAAAGUCAAAACUUUGACGUGGACAACAACGCUGAAGACAGUAACCUCCGCCUGUUCGUCAGCAGAGAUGGAACCACUGCCCUCAGCAGCAUCAGGCUGGGAAACAGGUGA